CCUACAGACUUUCAAAAGUGGGAUCCGAACUGUCGGCGCAUAGUGAGGUACACGCGGGAUAUCUUGCGAAAAUAUCCGUGUACGGGCGGUAUCGUUACUGUUCUGUGUGAACACUAUCGUUCUGGUUUGUGGAUACUGUGUGUUGGAGAGAAAACUGGAAGGGGUCACCGCUAUUUACUUGUCAUUAUCGAUGCAUUUACUAAAUUUAUCAGAAUUUACCCCUGUAAAUCUCCUACAACUGACGAAUCAAUAAAAUGCUUGCGUGACUACUUCCGCGCGUAUAGUAAACCUAAGCGUUUAAUUUCGGACAGAGGUUCGUGUUUCACAUCCGAUGCGUUCGCAGAAUUUUUACGAGACGAGGGUACCGAACACGUUCUUGUCGCUGUAAGUACACCAAGGGCUAAUGGUCAAGUAGAACGGUUCAAUAGAAUAAUAACACCAAUGUUGACAAAGCUGAGCGAAAACCCCUCCAAAUGGGAUCAAGUCUUAGAUAAAGUCGAAUACUCCUUGAAUAAUACUAUCUGUCGGGCAACUAACGAGACUCCUUCACGUUUGUUAUUCGGAAUAAGUCAAAAAGGAAAAACAAAUGAUCUAUUACGCGAUAUACUUGAUUCGGAUGUGGAACGUGAUCUCGAACAAAUUCGGAAUAAAGCCAGUGUAAAUAUUCAGGAGUUACAACACCAAAAUGCGAAGCGAUAUAAUUUGCGACGAAAAGCCGCGUACGAGUAUAAUGUUGGCGAUUAUAUAGAGAUACGUAAUACUGAGGUAACACCCGGCGUAAACAAGAAGCUAAUACCUAAGUUUAAAGGCCCGUACGUCGUUAAAAAAGUUCUAGAUUAUGAUCGGUACGUCGUUACUGAUAUUGAUGGAUUCCAGGUAACCCAGCGGCCAUAUACCGGCGUUGUAGCGCCAGAUCAGAUGCGACCUUAUAUUCGCCCGUAAUUUUAAGAUAUCCGCGUGAAUGCGUUUUAUAUUACUUAUUGCGUUUCUAUGUAUUCUCCAUGUAUUGUUAUAUUCUAAUGUAUCCGCGUGAAUGCGUUUUAUAUUACUUGUUGCGUUUCCAUGUAUUCACCAUGUAUUGUUAUACUCUAAUGUUAUCUGCGUUCCCGUAAUUGUCUGUCGACUGCGAAAAAAUCUUUUGUAAUAACUUCCAUUUAUUUGACCGAGACGGUCAAACUGUCAGGAUGGCCGAGCUGUAGGCAUAGUUUACCGUAAGACGAACCGGGGACGUUCCGUCCCUGGUCAAGAGAGUAUGUUCAGGUCUCGACCGGCGAAGAGACAAAAGAGCGCGGGGAAGAUUCCCGGACGGGCAAGCGACGAAAAGACAGACGAAAAGACAGACGAAACGCAGAAGAGACAAAAAAAGACGGGGGGACGGACAAGCAACGGGCAGACGAGACGAGACGAGAUCGCGAGGAAAGCGUGACGGAAGAAAUCGCGAGACUUUUGUAAGUUGGACUGGGUGAGAAAUAAACCUACAGUAUGGUGGAUCUGUAUAAGAG